GACUUCUCGUAUUAAGAAAAAAAGGAGGAAAAGUCAGGAUGGAACUAUUUCUCUUUCAAUUGAGCAUGUUCGAGGCAUUGGGGAGCUGCAGGCGGUUGAUGCAUUUCGACAAUCCCUGAUCUUGGAGGAUUUGCUAGAGGCAAGAUAUGAUGAUUAUCACAUGUUGUUGAGAUUUUUGAAAGCACGGAAGUUUGAUAUUGAGAAAGCCAAGCACAUGUGGGCUGACAUGAUUCAGUGGAGGAAAGACUUUGGUGCAGACACCAUCUUAAAGGAAUUUGAGUUCGAAGAGUUGAAUCAGGUUCUACAAUACUAUCCUCAAGGUUAUCAUGGUGUCGAUAAAGAUGGAAGACCUAUUUACAUUGAAAGACUAGGGAGAGUUGAUCCAAACAAGCUCAUGCAAGUGACAACGUUGGAUCGUUAUGUGAAGUACCAUGUACAAGAGUUUGAAAAAUGCUUUGCAAUUAAGUUUCCAGCUUGCUCUGUUGCAGCAAAGAGGCACAUAGAUUCAAGUACAACAAUCUUAGAUGUUCAGGGUGUGGGUUUGAAGAACCUAACAAAGACUGCACGAGAACUCAUUUUGCAGUUGCAAAAGAUUGAUAGUGAUAACUACCCUGAGACUCUUUGCCAAAUGUUUAUUGUCAAUGCUGGUCCUGGUUUUAGGCUGCUAUGGAACACAGUGAAGACUUUUCUUGAUCCCAAGACAACAUCUAAGAUCCAUGUUCUUGGUAACAAGUGCCAGAACAAAUUGCUUGAAUUAAUUGAUGCAAGUGAGUUGCCAGAAUUUCUGGGUGGCUGCUGUACCUGCAAAGAUCAGGGAGGCUGUAUGAAGUCUGAUAAAGGGCCGUGGAAAGAUCCCAACAUAUUAAAGGUGGUUCUUAGCGGUGAAGCACAAUGUUCUAGACAAAUAGUAACAUUUUCAAACAUUGAGGGGAGGAUGAUUGCGUAUGACAAGCGAGAUUAUCCAAUGACCAAACAUGACACAUCUGCUGAUUCUGGAUCUGAAGUUGAAGAAAUGUCCUCUCCUAAAGUAACAAUGAACUAUUUACACGCAAAAUUGACUCCUGUUUAUGAAGAAGGUAGAGAAGUUGGGAAGACAAAUCGUGCUGCUGGCUUUUCUGAGUGUGACGAAUACAUUCCCAUGGUUGACAAGGUUGUGGAUACACAAGUGGUCCCUCAAAAACCCUUUGCUCUUGGAGAAACCAAUUCUCCACCAACUAUGCCAGAACCUGCUGGAGUUCAUGCUCGGGUUCGGGCUGUACUAUGGGCCUUUUUUACAUUGCUCCUUGCGUUCUUCCAUUCAAUAUCAUUUCAGCUGACUAAGAAGCCAAACUAUAUCCCUGAUUUUGCACAAGGUGAUGCCUACCUCGCACUUGAACCACUGCCUGAUGAAGAGUUCCGCCCUCCAUCUCCAGCUCCAAGAUUUACGGGGGCAGACCUUGUUUCAUCUGUACUGAAAAAGUUGGGGGAGCUUGAGGAGAAGGUGGACAUGCUAAAGGAAAAACCGUCUAAAAUGCCGUGCGAGAAAGAGGAGUUGUUAAAUGCUGCUGUUUGUCGUGUGGAUGCAUUAGAAGCUGAGUUAAUUGCAACAAAGAAGGCUCUGCAUGAAGCUUUAAUUAGGCAAGAGGAACUUCUUGCAUAUAUAGACAACCAAGAAGAAUCCAAGUUCAAGGAAAGGAAGUUCUGCUGGUAUGGAGCCGCAGACAGCCGCAACAACCAGCCACCAUCUUUGACACUGGAGAUGGAUGGCCACCUGCUCUGCAGGCUUUGUUGAAUUUGCUAGCCACCAUAUUUGAUUUUUACUCCCUCUCAUGUAUAUAUAUAUAUAUGUGCUGUGAGUUGUGAGAUGUGUGAAUUGUGUGUGUAUUGCAGAGUGCAGAGUGCAGAGAGCAGAGAGGUGUGAUAGUGAGAGAGAGUUGAGCAGUGGCUCCUCCGUGUAUUAUUUUUCUCCCAGAUUAUAGUGCAGUGGUGUGCUCCCGUGGACGUAGGUCAGUUUGGACCGAACCACGUAAA